AUGGCUUCUCAGUACAUCCCUCGGGCCUUGAACAGGCUGAACCAUCAAGCAUCUCCUCUCAGCCGCCUCUCCGUCUCUCCGCGACUCCAUCGAACCCCUCUCCUUCAGCAACAUAUCCAGGGAUCAUUGCCAUCAGUGGUUAGGUUCAGCUCGGGCGAACCACAUUACAAUCAACCCUCGGGCUGGCUGUUCGGCGAAAAGCCAUUGAAACCAGGCCAGAAAAGAGUCCGAGAAGACUGGGAAUUGAUCUGGUAUAUCGGCUUUUGGGGCACCACUUUCGUCGGAAUAAUCAUGCAGAUCUACAAGCCUGAUCGAUCUAUCACCACUUGGGCCAGACACGAAGCUGAACAAAAGAUGGAAAAGCCGACUUAUGAGAAAUCUUGA